GAGCUCGUGUUUAGCGCAAAUCCCUCCCUGAUUACUUGCACACGCUCAAGAUCAAUACUUUUAGAGCUUUCCAAAUCUGUGUCAAUGCGCUGUGGCUUUCACAUUUAGUUAUCUGUGCUGCGCCUGCGCUCUGCCCUGCCAUCGCUUUAAUGGUUGGAAUGGAAUUGGAAUUUGGAAGGAGCCUCUUUCUCGCCCAUCAUUCCUCGCUCGCAUUCCCUUUUCUUGUUCCUCUUCCUCCUCUCUCCCUUAAAAUCUUUUGGCAUUCAAAGGGGUGCUCGUGGAACUUUUCUAAAGCUAUUCACUCUGAUUGCUUUGUCUUGUUCUUCCUCCAUCUUUCUCUCCUUUCCAUCAAUCUUCUCUCUCGCUCGUCUUGUUUUCUUCUUUCUUUCCUUGCUGUGGCACACGGGUGGGUUUUUGUUUUUAUCAUGGUCUAGUUGGUCUGGUGACAACACCAACAUACCAACACCCAACGAUUUGAUGGAUUGAUUGCGUGAUUGCCAGUCGCGAGUGACUGCGAGGUAACAUUUCCUCUCGAGAUAUUACCGAAGAAUGAAAGAGAAAGAAGAGAGGCCUCAAGGAGGAGAAUAAACAAUGUGAGCGGAGAGAAGAAUUCGCCGGGAUUUUCCUUUUCUUUUUCCUUCUCUGCCUGUCAAAGUUGGUCUUUCUGUAGUGUUCCUCGUGCUCGUUUUGGGGCUUUAGAGUUCUUGAGACUGCCACCGACGAACGAAAAAAGGAAAAAAUCGUUUCUCUCCAUCGACCAGCGAUGGAGCUAGUGAUGAUGUUGAGUAGAGUGGCGGUGGAGGUGUCGAGCACAAGUGGAGCAAAGACUCCGCCGGGUCCUGCGUGGAGAAUCCCUCUUGUCGGCGAAACGCUCAGCUUUCUCAGAGAUCCACACCGCUUCUAUCUCACUCGUAUUGCCAGAUAUGGAGAGAUCUUCUCCACUUCGCUUUUUGGCGACAAAUGCAUCAUUGUCACCACUCCGGAGGCCUCGAAGUGGUUGCUCCAGUCGGCUCAAAAGUUUUUCAAGCCUGCUUAUCCCGAGUCUGCAAAUUCUCUCAUCGAUCCGACGCGCAGCUUUGGCAGCGAGCAGCUUCACAAUUAUGUCCGGAGAAUCGUUGGCUCCUCCCUGUAUCCCGAGUCCCUCCAGUCCCAUAUCCCUGCGAUCGAGGCGCUCGCUUGCUCAGUCCUCGAUUCCUGGACAAAGCAAAAGUCCGUCAAUGUCUACAGCGAAAUGGCCAAGUACACAUUCGAGGUGGCGAUGAAAAUUCUAUGCGGGAUGGAGCCGGGAAAACAGAUGGACGCACUGUUCCAGAACAUGCAAGACUUUGAAAAGGCGUUCCUCACGCUCAACAUCAACCUUCCUUUCACAACUUACCGACGUGGUCUCAAGGCAAGGGACAGCAUGUUUAAAGCAGUGGAGGAGAUGAUCCAGCAGAGGAGAAAAAAGAAAAGGGACUGGAGUGGUCGGGAGCAGCAGCAGCGGCUGGACAUGCUCGACUCGAUGAUUUGCGUCGAAACCAAGGACGAGAAGUUUGCCAAUGCGGUGACAGACAUCCACGUUAGAGGAAUCAUCAUGACAAUCCUGUUCGCUGGGCACGAGACCUCUGCAGCACAGCUGGUGUGGGCCAUCAAGAACUUACACGACAAUCCAGAGCUCCUCCACGGAGUCAAGGAAGAACAUGAAGCUAUCCGGAGGAAACGAGAGCCUGGAUCUCCACUUACGUGGUCUCAAGUCAUGAAAGAAAUGCCUCUCACGCUCAGAGUGAUAAACGAGACGAUGAGAACUUCCUACGUCGGACUCUUCCUUCCCAGGGAAGCACUUGACGACCUCGAGUACGAUGGCUACUACUUUCCCAAAGGCUGGAAAGUUUACGCAUCGCCGUCGAUGGUCCAUCUCAAUCCAAAGCUCUACACGGAGCCGUACAAGUUUGAUCCCACCAGAUUCCAGGACGGUGGUCCAAAGCCGAAUACUUUCAUACCAUUUGGCAAUGGCCAGAGGCUGUGCUUGGGCGGUGAGCUCGCAAAGGUUGAAAUGCUCGUCCUCAUCCACCACCUUGUUACUACAUACAGCUGGAAGAUUAAGGAGGAUCACGGUGGGAUCAGAUGGUGGCCAGUCCCGAUCCCCAAGGGCGGACUGGUCAUACAAGUAGAACGAGAAGUGGAGCGAGGAUUAGAAAAGGAAACGAGGCAGGGUCAAACUGGGGAGCUCGGCUCUGGUGAAUUCCAACACUAGGACUCUUUAGUAUAUUUUGUAGACGUAGCUGGCUGUACAAAAAAGUCUUGGAUGCAAGUUACUCGUGUACAAUCUUAACAGCACGAACAAAAUAAGAGGAAGUCAGGAGGGGGCA